AUGGGUUUGCCCCCGCCUGAGUUAGCGCCUCAGUUGAUCAAAAUGAUGGAAGAACAAAGGAUGGCAGGGCAGGCUGGAUCAUCUCGUCUCGACCUAGCGGGACCUAGCACUCAGCAACCUGGUCGGGGAAAGGAACCGGAAGGAUCACGAGAGGUCGAAAACAGAGGUAAUGCAGUUGUUAGAGAGAUAGGCAUGAUCUCUGGAGGGCCGACCGACGGAGACUCAGGGAGAGCACGUAAGUCUCACGUUCGGCGAUUGGAGGUUCAUGCUGUCGGAUGCAGUCAGGAGCAAGCUGCUGGCCCUGCUCUUAGCUUCGGGCCUGCAGACCUGGAGGGUCUGGAGUUGCCUCAUGACGAUGCGCUCAUCAUCAAAGCCAUCAUCGCCAAUAGUCGAGUUGCUCGGGUUUUAGUCGAUACCGGGAGCUCGGUUAACAUUCUAUUCAGGACUGCAUUUGAAGAAAUGCAGAUUGAUGCCGUCGAACUUCAGCCAGUGGCUACAUCUCUGUAUGGAUUUACCGGCAAUGAAGUGAAGCCUAUUGGCCAGAUUAAGCUGGCAAUAUCUUUGGGCACCGAGCCACUGGAAUGCCGGAGCCACAUACCAGCGAAUGAUGGAUAA